AGGGAUGCUCGGCGUGACUUUCCCACUUCACGGCCACAAAACGGACAGUGACUUCGCUUCGUACCCUACUUGUUGGCCACGCGUCCCCGGGAACCAACUGCACCACGACCUGUCCACUUUGAAAAAUAAGAUCGGCACAAGAGCUUAGCCGGUGCAGAGUAUCCCACGCCCCUGCGCGCUCGCCCUCCCUUCCUGGCGGCCCCCCAAAACCGUGGGGGCCCUACGAAAAGAGGAACGAAAGAACCGGGGCGGUCAACCCAGUGCUGCGCCAUUAAAGUGACGGACCGGAAGCCGCCCCGCCCGCCUCCAGUCCAUCGGCCUUUUUAAGGCGGAGCUUUGCACGCGAGGGAACCUCCGGGAAGAGUCUCAGCCAGUUGCGGAGUUAGUUAGACUCAGGAGAAAUGGCCCUGGUGCCCUAUGACGAGAGCGCGGGCAUAGGACUCCAGAAAUUCCACAAGCCUCUUGCCACUUUCUCUUUUGCGAACCACACCAUCCAGAUCCGUCAGGACUGGAGGCAGCUGGGAGUCGCAGCGGUGGUUUGGGAUGCGGCCAUUGUUCUUUCCACGUAUCUGGAGAUGGGUGCUGUGGAGCUCCGAGGCCGCUCUGCCGUGGAGCUGGGUGCUGGCACAGGGCUGGUGGGCAUCGUGGCUGCCCUGCUGGGUGCUCAUGUGACUAUCACGGAUCGACAAGUAGCAUUAGAAUUUCUUAAGUCAAAUGUUGAAGCCAACUUACCUCCCCAUAUCAAACCCAAAGUUGUUGUUAAGGAGUUGACUUGGGGACAAAAUUUGGAAAGGUUUUCACCUGGAGAAUUUGAUCUCAUACUUGGAGCUGAUGUCAUAUACUUAGAAGAUACCUUCACAGAUCUUCUUCAAACACUGGGACAUCUCUGUAGCAACCGCUCUGUGAUUCUUUUAGCUUGCCGAAUUCGCUAUGAACGGGACAAUAACUUCGUAACAAUGCUGGAGAGGCAAUUUACUGUGAGUAAGGUUCACUACGAUCCGGAGAAGGAUGUACAUAUUUACAAAGCACAAAAGAGAAACCAGCAGAAGGACUUGUAGUGGCAUUAUUUUCUAAGAAUUGAGUGUGUCAGCUAAGGUUUUACAACUAGAACUCCCUUGCUCAUGUGAUGGCAGACCGCAAGUCCGUCCAACCAGAGCUGCUCAAGGAAGAGAGAACAUGUGUUCUGUGUAGACAGAUUCAUACCUUGUCCCAUUGCCGUAACUGUUAUGAUUGGCUCACUGCCGAGCAGUAAAUGUGCACGUGAGGCUUGGAUGAUGUUCUUUCCUUACCCAGCGUGCCCUCUUGGGAAGCAGUUUCCACUGACGAUCUGAAAAGAACGGUGUAAAGGUGUCUUUGAACUGGUGAGAUUCAGUCAUACAUGGGCUGUAUGUUUGUCUCAGUUUCUCGUCUGCUGAGUGUAAACAGGGUUUCCUGCACAUACUCCUCAAAGGGUUGUGCUGUUGAAGUCUCUUACUUUUUUUGUGAGAUAAGGCCUUACUCUGUAGCCCUGGCUGGGUCCGAAACUGUGUAGACCAGGCCGACCUCAGACUUAGAAUGAUUCUCUUGCCGCUCCCUCUGAGUGCUGGGAUUACUUACAGGUGUGGGCCACGACACCCCGCUUACAUGAGCUGAAGAAGAACUUUCUGUUUCUCAUAUCAUACCUUUUUGCCAGAUUUCAGGGGUAAGUAUGUAAGCAAAGGAAUAAAUGAAAAUAAAUUUUUACAUUUCAAAUGACAUAAAACUGUGGGCUGCAAGUUUCUUCCACGGGGAUUCUGUCUCAGCUUUGCUGACUCUCAAUGUGGUAUCUAGUUCUAGGUGGUUUUUUUUUUCCUUUUAAUAUGUCAGUUUGUAACAGUUAACUCUCACUUCUUCACAAAGGUUAGCUCCCAAGGUACAAACCCUGUAUUAUAACCUAUAAUCGCUCCUCGGAUAGCAGGCUCCCUGGUGGGUUGCGAGCUGCUGGAGGCCUCUUUCCUUUUCCUUCUCUAGUUUCAGUAAAAAGCAUAGAACCAUGUGAGCAGGGUAGAUUCUGUUUAGAGGCCCCUGCUGUUCUGUGCUGCUAGGGACCAAAUCCAAGGUUGUGCACGUACUAGGCAAACACUAACCCCGAGUUAUAACAUCCCUAGCCAGAGGUUACUGGGUUUUCUCUGAGUAGACUUUAUGAAUAAAGUUAUCAGUACAAGCUUUUCUUCUACAUUAAAGUCUAACUAAAAACUUAAGCACUGUAGACCAUAGCACAUUAUGAUCUCACAAUGGCAUUUGGUAAUAGAAAUUUGUUGAAUUUGUUGUAUAGACUACUGAAGGCCUCAUUUUCUUUUAAUAAAUAUUUUGGAUAUCAGAAUACCUGA